AUGUCAGCGGCGGUGUCGGCCAUGCAACAACAGCAACAUCAGCCCGGAGGUGUGUCGAAUCCAGCUUCGAGGAUGGGAACCAACUCACCCGUCGAGAACAAGAGGCAUCCCAUCAAGAUCGAAGGUAUGCUCUUACCCUCCAAAUCCGACUCUGAUAACUACUCUUCUUUAGACUCGCGCCCGUCGAUUCCACCCGUUCAGCCACCACCGCCAGCAGCAGCAGCAGCAACAGCAGCAGCAGCAGGCGCGUUGCAGCCUCCUUCGGGACAGCAGCCCGAGUCGAAGCCCGAUGGAGGCCAGCAGGAUUCCCAGAAAAACACCCAACCGCAGGGCGAUGUACAACUCGUCAAUACCCCCGACUACUUUUCAUUACCGCGUCCGAGCCGGCUUGAUCAAGAACCAAAUCCGUUUGAGCAGUCCUUUGCCUCUGGCGGCAACUCGAACGGUGCCGAUCCGCUAGCUACCAAAGCGAUUCUGCCACCAGUCACAGCUAUGACGUCUCCUGCUCUUGGCGGUUCCGGCAGCUACAACUGGGGUCCCAAUUCACUCCGUUCGGGACCUCUAUCACCUGCAAUGCUCCAGGGUCCUACAAAUCCUCUGGGAUUCGAAACUCUCCGUACAGGUCUCACCCCAAACGAGUCGGGCAUCCGAAGUGGUCUUACGCCAGGCGGAUCUGGCUCUAUGUUCCCAGCAGCAUCGCCCUCAACAUCACAAUUUUUAUUUGGAGGUUCGACACCAGGUACAAUGGAGUUUCAAAAGACGGCUCUAUCAGCUGCGCGAAAAUCCACACACUCACAACCUUCCUUACUUCCUCCGCACACCGAGCUAAAAUCCGAAGAUAACCAUCACCACGAUCAAUCGAAGCCACGACAAACCUCCGACUCGUACGGCGUCGACCCCGCGCACAAUGCGGCCAAUGGGCUAUACCUUUUGGCCCAGAUGGGCGCCCCACCCAAUGCCUACCACCUCGCGAAGAGAGCCGCCAUGAACAGCGCGUCUUCAGCUGCAAGCCGCGCUGCUUCCCAGAAUCCUGUGGUAUCGAAUGGCGUGAGAGCUGUCAGUGAGAUGAGCCCUCAGCGCAGCGACUCGAGCGAAGAGCCCGAGUCCGGGCGCAAGGGUGGCAGGAACUCGAGAGGAAAGACAAUGGGUGCUAGCACGAGCAAGCGAAAGAUCGACACCGGCUCCGAUGGCGGUAAGAGUGCUAAGAAGGCGAAGAGCACUCAGGCCAUGAGUGACGAUGGAGAAAUGGAGGACUAUGAUGAUGAUGGACAGAACGACCUUAGAAAGGAUGGAAAGAAGAUGACUGAAGAGGAGAAGCGCAAGAACUUCUUAGAAAGGAAUCGUGUUGCCGCACUCAAGUGUCGUCAAAGAAAGAAGCAAUGGCUUGCGAACCUCCAAGCCAAAGUCGAAAUGUACGGCACUGAGAACGACGCCCUCAAUGCCACCGUUCAGUCACUACGAGAGGAGAUCGUCUCUCUCAAAACGUUACUGCUUGCCCAUAAGGAUUGCCCGGUUGCCCGUGCCAACGGUGUGCAGCUCGACAUAGCGACCCUAGCGGCUGGAAGCGGAGACUACGGCCACGUUGGAAUGAUGCAGCCGUACCAGAGCAUGAUGAGCGGUGUGAUGCGUCAGCAGCAACAACAGGAGCGGCGAUUCUCGUAG